GGCUUCGUGCCCUCCCCUUCGCCCUCACCAGCGGUCAACCCAACCGACCUCUCCACCAUCAUCGAGGCCGAGAACUCCGGCCUGUCCAAACACCUUCCGCCGCUUGAUUCUUCUCAAGAGGGGGACACGUCUCCGUCGUCUGACGACGAUGCUGCUGACCCUGAAGAGGACACGCUCGACCCGAAGCUCCUUCACGCAUCUUCUCGGAACCGACCGGCACGGACACCACCGUCGAAAGAGAGCUCGGUGCUCGACCUGUCGACUUCAAAGGUGACGAGUGAAGUUUUGCAGGCGAUGGGAGGUGCAGGUCCCGACCGCACGCAGGGCUGGUUGGACGGCGUGGUCGUGGAUGAUCGGGAGCAGGACCCGUUAGUAGAGAGCGGGAACACUGGCGACGGCGACGUCAGCUUCAACCUGAGCGAGCUCGAUCCUGACCUUGCAGCCCUCCUAUCGCCGAACCGACUCGUUAGCCCGAGCACGGAGCCUGCGUACCAGUUUGGCGCGGACAGCCUGCCUGCGCCACCGUCGCCUAAAGAGACUCCAGCCGCUACGUCUCCAUCCGAGUCACCCCGCCGCCCUACGUUCUCGCGUACCCCGCCUGGGUCGUCACCUCCGCGACAGCACGAACCAUUGCGGAUGCCCAAGUCACGCACGGCUCCUAAUCUGCCGUCUUCACUGUCUUCUCGGCCUAACAACCGCUCUGUUUCUGACCGCCCAGCCGUUCAACGAUCACACUCAGACUCGCCUCCGCUCGUGGUCCCCAGCGCCGCUCGCGCUAUAUCGCACAGUCCUGAGAGACCGGCGACAACGACUGAGGGCCAGCCGCGCGAGACCCUCGACCACUACGCAUCUCGCAGACCUCAUACUGGCACUGGGGACUCUUCCGCGAGUGCACUCCGCAGGUCUGCGAUCAGCCGUCUGCUUAGCCCUGCCCGCCUCGGCCCUCACGUGACCCCACCGUCCCGCCCACCGUCACGGACCUCCCCCAGGCUGCCGCAGGAUGCUUCGCUUUCUCCUCCCAUCUCGCGCCCGUCCUCUGCUGCGGGGAUCUCCUCCGCCCGCCUGCAGGCCGCCACGCGCUCGAGCCUCGAUGUAAGACCCGGUACAGCCGAAGGUUCGCGCCCGCCCGCCACGCCGCUCCGCUACCGCAAGCGUAGCCUGAGUGCCGUCGAGGCGGGCCGGUCAGCUCUGUCUGGGCGCGAGUACCCUCGUGCACACCCCUCACGUCCUACAGCCGAAUGGCUCGGCCCGCAGACCGCAAAAGCAUUCGCUGCUGCAGGGCUGCUCGACCAGAGCUACGCACGAGAUCGAGAGAGCCCCAGCCUCGGCCGACGCACGCCCUCUCGCUUCGGCACCACGAGGAGCAGCAUCGACGACUCGCGCUCACGCUACGUCCCUUCGCGGAUGGCCUUCUCGGAGGCAGGCUCUGCCGGAUCCUGGACGCGCGGUGAGACCCCGAGCGUGUCGCGGAGAGGGAGUAUAGUGCGGACUCCAGCGUUGACAGCGACGGCGUCAGAGCUCGGGAGCCUGGAGACGCCCCGCACGACGUUCUCGGCUGCGUCGACCGCGCCGACGUCUGUGUCGGCGUCAUCCUCAGCGCAUCUGCAGAGUGAGCUACAGUCGCUGCAGGAACAGCAUCAAAUCGAGACGGGGGCCUUGCUGAGCGCGCUUGCGGAUAGCCAGCGAACAGCGAAGGUACUGAGGGAGGAGAACACGCAGCUUCGGGACCGGCUAGCGGAGAUAGAGUUCAAGUUGGUCGGAGCCAUGGAGGAGGUCCAGAAGUUGCAGUCCGCCCCACCUCCCUCUUCGCAACUUGGUUCCCGGGUCAGCCAUUCACGCUACGGCUCUGUAACGGCAGAGCGAGUGAGCCGUGUGGGAAGUCGCAGUCCGCGCAAACAAUCCGUCUUGCGGGAAUACGAAUCUCCUGAGGGGUCAUGCUCUUCUCCGUCGUCAGAGCACAGCCGUACCGUCGUGCCAGCUGUAGCCAACCACGCGGAACUUGAGCCCUACCUUGACACCCGCCGUUUCAACAAGCGUAUGAGCACCUCGUCUUCUCUGUUCCACGGGCCGCCAAGUAACAUGAGUAUGCUCAUGCACGAGGAGGCUCUGUCAGCUGCUGGCUCUGGGACAGGCGAACGUGAUCAUUCCGUCGUAUUCUCGAGUCGACCGCAAUCACCAGCCUCGCCGACGCUGGUUCUGGCGAAGCUGAGCACCGGUCCUCUUCCCAUUGCAGGUCUUGAGGAGAAGGUGAUACCAGAACUGGGGAACAUCUCCCCGACUACUGCCGACUUCUCGAUGGCUACGUCUUCGCCGGGCAGCUUGAACCUACGACCUGAACAUGAGCUGCAUCUGGAGGACAUGCCGAGUUUCGAGUUAAAUCCCGACCAGGACGACGAUGACCAGUAUGACACUGGUCGUCUGUAAGUAGAGUAUACAUCAGUCUAUUUUGCUGUCAUAUUCGCAUUCGCAUUCGCAUCUGUCAUCGCAUCCACACUCGCAUCGACAUACUUGCUUCCGAUUUCGUGUACAACCUUGGGGAACACUUUAGCAUUUCGGUUCGCAGUUCUCGCAGAUACACACUUGAAAGAUUCCCUGUUACAUUACUGAUACCAUUCGAUAUUCAUGGGUGAGAACCCCCCGUCUUCGCGAGCAUAUGAUUACCAUGCGCAGCAGGUGCUUGUAUAGGACACUACGUAUGUCUGCAUUCGCUGCAGAGCUGUCUGUAAAAAUAUGACCUUGUUUGACACGUCAUGCCAUAUUUUGGGUUCCGUGUUACUCAAGCAAGUCUGGCUAUACAUAGUCUCCCCUAGGCAGACCCUAAAGAAGACCUCUGAGUGGGGGAGAGGACUCGGACGGGGGCUAUGCAUGUUGCAAAAGCGUAC